UUCAAGAAUGCGCCAACGGCGAAUGGAGUUCAUUACUAUUCACAAACUAGGCCUUUGCCAUAGUAAAUAACAGAGUCACAGAGGAAGGAUGGCGGACCUCGUGUAAAUCUGAUGAAGCCUGUUUUGUCCUUGUAUUGGAACUGUGAAGGUCUCAGAUGAAUUCAAACUGAGAGGAACAGAGGAACAGAUCUGGAUCAGAAUGGCGAUAUUUAACAACACAACCACAACUAACAUCAGCGAUCGUUAUCACUGUAAGAUAGAAGAACACUUCAAGUACAUUCUCCUCCCGGUGAGUUACUCUCUGGUGUUUGUGUUCGGUCUGGGGUUGAACAUCACGGCCAUGUACGUCAUCCUGUUCCGAACCAAACACUGGAAGCCCAGCACCAUCUACAUGAUCAACCUCAACGUCUGCGACACGCUUUACGUCCUCACUCUGCCGUUCCUCAUCUACUAUUACGCUGAUAAGAACGACUGGCCGUUCGGUGAGCUGAUGUGUAAGCUGAUUCGCUUUCUCUUCUACACAAACCUCUACGGGAGCAUCCUCUUCCUCAGCUGCAUCAGUCUGCACCGGUUUUUAGGCGUCUGUCAUCCGGUGCGCUCUUUGUACUGGAUGAAUGGCCGUCGCGCUCGUUUGGUUUCUGUGGGAAUAUGGGUGAUCAUUCUCAUCUUACAGGCACCCAUUCUUUAUUUCUCCAGGAUGAAUAUUAACGGUGACAUGAAACCACAAUCAACGGUUUGCUAUGACACCACAAGCAAGGAGCUCUUCAAUGACUUUAUCGUUUACAGCUCGGUGGUGAUGUUCCUGCUUUUUGUCAUACCGUUUGGGGUGGUGCUGGUCUGCAACGGCCUGAUGGUGAAGAAACUUCAGGAACCCGGUAUUGGUGGAGGUCCAAAGUCACAGCGCUUUAAGCAGAAGUCGGUGAAGAUGAUCAUAAUUGUGCUCCUGGCUUUCAUGUUGUGCUUCUUGCCUUUCCACGUGAACCGCAGUAUAUACUACACCUUCCGUUACCUGGACAAACAUGUGAGCUGCUCGAUGCUGGAGGCUGCCAGCAUGGCCUACAAGGUCACGCGACCUUUGGCCAGCGCCAACAGCUGCAUCGACCCCAUCCUUUACUUCAUGGCAGGACAGGGCUUCAGAAGCAGCAUCAAGAACAAGAGAAGUAAAUCAAGGUCUGAAAAUAGGAAAUCACCCUCAACCUCUUUAUAGUGUGCUUGAGGGAAAACGAAAUGUAAAAUGUUUUUGAAUGUUGAUGAAAUGUCUGAAUACAAAAAACAAAUCUUAAAAGUAGCUCCUAAUAAGGAACCACUUGGUGUUGUAUAAAUAGAAGGACCUUGUGAGAUUUUAUAGAACGUGAAGGACAAUAUUGCUAUAUAUAUCUGCUCUUUGACCAGAGAACGUGCUGCGUUCUAUUCAUGCUGCAUAAUGGUGGCGAAGUUCUAAACUCCGCUUCUGUUUAGGAACCUUGCAAACUGACACUGUGCCUGAAGAUUCAUGGGAAUAUAGGUUAAUUAAGUGUUUAUGAAAAGGUGUGUCAGGACGGUUAGUAUCAGCACUACACUCACUGGAAUUUGGUUCAGUUCCGGGAUAUCGUUCCAGGACACGAAAUCAGCUGUCUUAACAUGCCUUUGAUGAGAUCGGGGAGUCAAGACAGUUGUUAUGGUCAGUUAAAACUAAAACUGAAAGUAAAAAUAUUAAAAACUGAAAUAAAGCUGAAACAAAUAAAUAAA